AUGUAUUGCUUGCAAUGGCUCAUCCCUGUAUUACUGAUACCGAAACAUUGGCUACACCCAAUGUUCUUGAUCGAACAAGCUUUCUUCAUGUGGUUCUACAUAAUUGGUUUUUUUUUAGAACGAAGGUAAUUUUUCCAUCACAAAAACGAUGAAUGGUGGAGCACUCAUAGAAGCUCAAAUAAAAACAAUCGUUGAGUCACCUAUUUUUCAAGUUCAUUCUAAAUCUCAAAAUUUGGGAAUUAAGUAAUUAUAAAAAUUUAAAGAAAAAUUGCUAUUAUGAUGUUGAAUAAUUUUAUUUUUGCAGACCGUGCCAUAUAUGUUCAGCGAUAUUUUUUAUUGCUCUCGGACUGAUAUGCUAUGCAGACCCAGAUAGCUGUAUCUUCUGGCCGAGCUGCAACACGGAAAACAACAGCGAGAUGUGCAAGUAUAUUGAGCGCGAAGUCGUCGGUAGCUGA